GGCAAACUUCGUGCGGUAUCUCCUGUCUGUGUCUUCCUGGACUUGACCUUCUUGUGAGAUUGUAGUGUCUAGUACUCUUUCAAUGGUGCUUCGGUGUUAAUUCAAUUUUGAGCAUUGCCUCCUCAGCGAAAAGGACAAAUUAAGAGAUGGCUGUGGCUGCCAGGUCAUUUUCAAAAUUCGCUGUCAAGAACUGUGGAAGUUUAUUACGUUCUCAGGUGAGGUUUAAUUAUACAGAAACUAGGAAGAAUUUAAAAAUUGAUGCAAAUACCAAAGUGAUAUGUCAAGGUUUUACUGGAAAGCAAGGGACUUUCCAUUGUCAACAAGCACUUGAUUAUGGUACAAAGAUAGUAGGUGGAGUUAAUCCUAAGAAGGCUGGAAUAGAACAUCUUGGUAAACCAGUAUUUAAAUCUGUUAAGGAGGCAAAAGAAGCAACUGGGGCUAUUGCAACAGCUAUUUAUGUUCCUCCUCCUGCUGCAGCGUCAGCCAUUAUCGAAGCAAUUGAUGCAGAAAUGCCAUUAAUUGUUUGUAUUACGGAAGGUAUUCCUCAACAUGAUAUGGUCAAAGUAAAAAGACGAUUACUUGAACAAAAUAAGUCACGUUUAAUUGGCCCAAAUUGUCCUGGAAUAAUAGCACCUGAACAAUGUAAAAUUGGUAUUAUGCCUGGUCAUAUACAUCAAAAAGGAAAAAUUGGUAUUGUUUCGAGAUCUGGAACCCUAACUUACGAGGCUGUGAAUCAAACUACACUUGCGGGACUUGGGCAAACAUUAUGUGUUGGUAUUGGUGGUGAUCCGUUCAAUGGUACUGAUUUCAUCGAUUGUUUGGAUGUAUUUCUUACCGACCCAGAUUGCGAUGGUAUUAUAAUGAUAGGAGAGAUCGGUGGUAGUGCAGAAGAAUUUGCAGCAGAGUAUCUCAUCGCAAACAAUACUGUUGGUCCCUAUUCAAAAUUAUUGGGUGGAAAAGCUAAGCCAGUGGUAUCGUUUAUCGCUGGUCUUACAGCACCACCUGGACGAAGAAUGGGACACGCUGGUGCUAUAAUCUCAGGAGGAAAGGGUGGCGCACAAGAUAAAAUUGAUGCACUCGAAAAAGCUGGUGUAAUAGUAACAAGAAGUCCUGCACAAAUGGGUAACGAACUUUUAAAGGAAAUGACACGGCUUGGCUUAAUUAAUUAAAUCACACACUACUAUAAUUCUGUGUAGUUUUCUUCAUAUCCGUAUAAAAUAUCUUCGUGAAAAAUAAAUUGAAAGUAUGCCAUACAGCAAUAACUCACAGAACAUAGUAGUGUAUUAGAGUAUAAAAAUUAUUUCACUUGCUAAUAUUGCAUCAAUUAUUCUCAAUGAAUAGAACAUUGAUCAAUGCUGAAGAUUACAUUAAAAAUAAUGAUAUUUUUUAAAGAACUGGACUUAUUUUAACA